AUGGGGAACAGCGUGUCCUCUGUGGCCUGUGUUCUCUGUGGCGCUCAGGGAGAGGGGGCCCGGCGGGAGGACCGUGAGGUGCUGGCCAGGCAGGCACUGUGGAAGGACAGGCCCACGGUGGGAGCACCUGGGCCCAAGUCUCGGCCUUUGCAGGUGGGGGCCUGUGGAUUCAACAGCCGCAUCCUGGCUUUCGUGUACCCCAUCCGGCUGGUUCGCGUCAACGAGGACACCAUGGAGCUGAUCCGGGGGCCCGAUGGCAUUUGCCUUCCCUGCCAGCCAGGUGAGCCGGGCCAGCUGGUGGGCGCCAUCAUCCAGCAUGACCCCCUGCGGCGCUUCGAUGGCUACCUCAACCAGGGCGCCAACAGCAAGAAGAUCGCCAAGGAUGUCUUCAAGAAGGGGGACCAGGCCUACCUCACCGGCGACGUGCUGGUGAUGGACGAGCUGGGCUACCUGUACUUUCGGGACCGCACGGGGGACACCUUCCGCUGGAAAGGCGAGAACGUGUCCACCACGGAGGUGGAGGGCGCGCUCAGCCGCCUGCUGGCCAUGGCCGAUGUAGCCGUGUAUGGCGUCGAGGUGCCAGGAACCGAGGGCCGGGCUGGCAUGGCCGCUGUGGCCAGCCCCUCCGGCAGCUGUGACCUGGAGCGCUUAGCCCAGCUCCUGGAGAAGGAGCUGCCCCUGUACGCCCGCCCCAUCUUCCUGCGCUUCCUGCCUGAGCUGCACAAAACAGGGACCUUCAAGCUACAGAAGACAGACCUGCGGAAGGAGGGCUUUGACCCAACAGUUGUGAAAGACCCGCUCUUCUACCUGGAUGUCCGGAAGGGCUUCUAUGUCCCUCUGGACCGAGAGGCCUACACUCGCAUCCAGGCAGGCGAGGAGAAGCUGUGAUUUGCCCCGAGUCCCUCUGAGGGCCACCGGAUGCUGGACCCAGAGCACCAGCUCCCACCCCAGAGGGUUCCUGGGCAAAGCCAGACCAAAGCAAGAAGGGCCUGGCCUCACAACCCCGAGGUGCCGACCCCCACCCCUCAAAAUUGCCAAGGGACUCACUGCUGCCUCCCCCUCCCCCCGAGGCUUUCUGUGAAAGCCUCAUCUCCGUGUUGUGUCUUCAGGGGGCCUCUGGGCCCCAGGCUGAGACUGAGACUGGGCCCCUCAGGAUGAUGUCUUAGGGCAGGACAGGGGAGGUGGAGGGUCACCAAGCACUCUCCAGAGAACAGGCAGCUUGUAAAUGGGACCAGGGCAGAAGCCCCCAGACCCAGGAAGCCAGCAGAGUGGGCGGGGGCAGCGGUGGCCGUUGAUCAGGUGUCCGAAUAGGAUCCAGGCCCUGGAGCCACUCAAGCGUCCUCAGCCCAGCCGGUGCCUCUAGGAGGGCAGGAGAGGGACUGACCUGUAGCAGGCAGCCUGGACGGGGCGCCCCUCUCAUCCUCCUCUCUCUGGGUGCCUGCCUGGCUGUCCCUCAGGCAGGGCCUUUCUGUCUUUGUGGGUCUGUCCUUGUCACCUCCUCCGUCUCCGUCCUGGCCUGGCUAUGAAAGGAGAAGGGGUGGGGGGCGCUCAGGGGCCAAUAAACUCUGCCUUCCUCC